AUGCUCCGGACACUGACCGCGGCCAGCGCGGCCCUGGGGCACAAGGCGGCAGGUUGGCUGAGGACCAUGGCCUCCCACCCGCUGCUGGUGGCCCCCCCAGAAGCCCUGAGUAAGCCCCUGUCCCUCCCCGACCGGCUUCUGCUGGGGCCCGGCCCCUCUAACCUGACCCCCCGUGUCAUGGCGGCCGGGGGGCGGCAGACGAUAGGACACAUGCACGAGGAGAUGUUCCAGAUCAUGGACGAGAUCAAGCAAGGCAUCCAGUACGUGUUCCAGACCCGGAACCCCCUCACGCUGGCCAUCAGCGGCUCGGGGCACUGCGCGCUGGAGGCCGCCCUGUUCAACCUCCUGGAGCCGGGGGACCCCUUCCUGGUCGGGGUCAACGGCAUCUGGGGGCAGCGGGCCCGGGACAUAGGGGAGCGCAUCGGGGCCCGCGUACACCCGAUGAUCAAGGACCCUGGAGGCCAUUUCACGCUGCAGGAGGUGGAGGAGGCCCUGGCCCAGCACAAGCCCGUGCUGCUGUUCCUGACCCAGGGGGAGUCCUCCAGCGGUGUGCUGCAGCCCCUCGAUGGCUAUGGCGAGCUCUGCCACAGGUACCAGUGCCUGCUCCUGGUGGACUCGGUGGCAUCACUGGGCGGGGUCCCCAUCUACAUGGACCAGCAGGGCAUCGACGUCUUAUACUCGGGCUCCCAGAAAGUCCUGAACGCCCCUGCGGGCACCUCGCUCAUCUCCUUCAGUGACAAGGCCAAAAAUAAGAUCUACACUCGGAAGACCAAGCCCUUCUCCUUCUACCUGGACAUCAAGUGGCUGGCCAACUUCUGGGGCUGUGAGGACAAGCCCAGGAUAUACCAUCACACCACCCCCGUGGUCAGCUUGUACAGCCUGAGAGAGAGCCUGGCCCAUCUAGCGGAGCAGGGCCUGGAGAACAGCUGGCAGCAGCACCGCGAGGCCGCAGAGUACCUGCACGGGCGCCUGCGGGAGCUGGGCCUGCAGCUCUUCGUGAGGGACCCGGCGACGCGACUGCCCACCGUCACCACCGUGGCCGCACCUGCGGGCUACGACUGGAGAGACCUCGUCCGCUACGUCAUGGACCACUUCAACAUCGAGAUCACGGGCGGCCUGGGGCCCUCGGUGGGGAAGGUGCUGCGGAUCGGCCUGCUGGGCUGUAACGCCUCCCGGGAGAACGUGGACCGAGUGAUCGGGGCCCUGCAGGAGGCCCUGCAGCGCUGCCCCCGGAACAAGCUGUGA